AUGAGAGAAGUAAAUCAGUCAUCCACCCUGCAGUUCAUCCUUCUAGGAGUUAAUGGUCAACAGGAACAAGAUUUCUUCUUCAUCCUCUUCUUAUUCAUUUACCCCAUUACAUUGAUUGGAAACCUGCUCAUCAUCUUGGCCAUUCAUUCUGACAUUCGCCUUCACAACCCCAUGUAUUUUUUCCUUGCCAAUCUUUCUUUGGUUGACAUCUUUUUCUCAUCUGUAAGCAUUCCUAAGAUGAUAGCCAGCCACCUCUUGGACAGCAAAAUCAUCUCCUUUGGGGGAUGCCUGACACAGAUGUAUUUCAUGCUUGCCCUGGCUAAUACAGACAGCUAUAUCUUGGCUGUGAUGGCAUAUGAUCGUGCUGUGGCCAUCAGCCGUCCACUUCACUACACAACAAUUGUGAGUCCAAAGUCUUGUGUUCUGCUAGUUAUUGGAUCUUGGAUGGUUGGAAAUGCCAAUUCUCUCCCCCACACUCUGCUCACAGCCAGUCUAUCCUUCUGUGGCAACAAGGAAGUGGCCAACUUCUACUGUGACAUUGCCUCUUUGCUCAAGCUGUCCUGUUCUGACAUCCACUUUAAUGUGAAGAUGAUGUACCUAGGGGUGGGGGUUUUCUCAAUGCCAUUAUUAUGCAUCAUUAUCUCUUAUACUUGGGUUUUUUCCACAGUCUUGAGGGUUCCAUCCACUAAGGGUGUGCUGAAAGCCUUCUCCACUUGUAGUUCUCACCUCACAGUUGUUUUGUUGUAUUAUGGGACAGUCAUGGGCACAUAUUUGCGCCCUCUGACUAGGUAUGAACUAAAGGAUGCAGUGAUAACUGUGAUGUACAUCGCAAUGACCCCAAUGUUAAAUCCUUUCAUCUAUAGUCUGAGAAACCGAGAUAUGAAGGGUGCUUUGCAGAAACUCUUCAGCAAGAAAAUCUCCUAA